AUUUGCUCACUAAAGCUUCUUCAAAUUUAGUUCAGAUUAAAAUCUUCAAAUAAUUUGUGUGGCCCUGGAGUCAAGCAAAAUGCAGAUCACAUUCUCUCUAAUUUUGGCAUCCAUUGCUGCUCUUUCUGCUGGAAAUGACACCUAUCCAGAUACAGGAACAAAAGGCAUGAUGGGUUUUGCAAAGAAAGGAUGCACGACUGGGGGUACAGGUGGACCUGUAGUUAAGAUUAAGACGUUGGAUGAAUUACGAAAACAGAUUGCUGAUAUAAAACCGCGAAUUUUAGUCCUUGUUAGAAAUAUUACUAUAUCUGAAAAAACCGAAAUUAGAGUUGGGGCAAACAAAACUAUAAUUGGCUCUUGGGAGGGAAAUAUUCUCGAUAAUGUUUAUCUAAUUACACGACCCAGAUCAAGGAACGUGAUUUUUCAAAAUCUUGUUUUCAAACACAGUCCUAAAAAUGUAGAUAAUGGUGACACACAGUUAAUCUUACAAAAUGGCGAGAGAUACUGGAUUGAUCAUUGUACCUUUGAUGGCCAGAAAGUAGAUUACGAUGAUUUAGGUAAAUUGUUAAAAAUUGCUGAAAAAGUUGAUUUCGUCACAAUUAGUAAUUCUAAGUUCAUGAACCAUACGUAUGGUUUGAUAUUUGGUCAUCCGCAUAGUGAUGAAUCCGUUGUUGGAAUAUACAAUAAUUAUCCACGGGUAACUGUGAUGUACAAUCAUUUUGAUAAUCUUUAUGUCCGUGGACCAGGUUUAAUGCGAUUUGGAAAAUACCAUCUUUUAAACAAUUAUAUUACCAACUAUCAUUUAGGAUUAACAAUACACUUUUUUUCAAAAAUCUAUUCGGAGAAUAACUAUUACACAAAAUCAUCAAAAAAAGAUCAUGUUCUUGAUGAUAAGGGUAAUGGUUUUUUCAAAGACAUUGGUAGCAAAAAUAUGCAAAAAACUCAGAUAUCACCGAAACUUACUGCCUGGAAGCCAUCUACAGAUUAUAGAUACAAAGCUGAAUCAGCAGAAUAUGCUCGCGAUUUUUGUGUAAAAUACUCAGGUGCGCAAACGAAUCAUUUAGUUUUCGGUGGGUGAAUCAAGCAAUCAUUGAUUAUAAUUUAUGAAUAUAUCAAGUAUUUAAUUUAUUUUCUUAUUUGACAUCCUGUAUAUUCACACCUUUAGCAAAUUAGUUCGCUCUUCAUUGUCUGCUACAACUGCAUGUCAAUAAGGAUCUAAAUCUCUCUGAAUUGCGCAGUUUUAGCAAAAUGUCACAGGUUCCAAUGCAAAAUAUCUAAUCUUGACUUAUAUCAUACGAUAACGGCCAAACUGCUUCGAAUUCCAGAUAACCAAUAUACAUUUCUAGACAAAUAAAUAUAUUACGACACUGAUCUGUCGCUUUGUUUGGACAAAAUGCAAACUUUAGUGCUCUCACUGACACUAUAUACUCUCUGUACACUAAGUGUUGCUAAUCCUCAAAUUGCUGUCCGAGUUCCAUCAUCUUGCCAUAAAGGAAUCAAGUGGGCACUCCUUACGGGUCUUGAGUUACAAUUGGGUGUCCUGGAAUCAGCAGGAUCCCAAAAGCAAGAAUAAAAUGUUGUAUAUAUUCAAACAGCCUCUGAACAUCUGCAAAGUGGACACAAUCACGUACUUUCGGGCUACUCCAGUGUACAUGUAACUCCAGC